AUGGAUCCACUAAGCUUGAGUGCCAGCAUCAUCGCCGUGCUACAGCUUACUGGAAUGUUACUGUCGUACAUAAAUGAUGUGCAGAAUGCGACGAAAGAUCAAGCACAAUUAGCAGUAGAGGUCUCAAACAUCUACAGUCUCCUCAUAUCUCUCAGGUUUCGGGUAGAGCAGUCUAAACUGUCACGAUCCGUGGUUCACGGCUGUACGCAGCCUGGGAAUAGAAGAUGGACCUCUUGA